GCGAAUUCGAAACAGCGCAUAAAGGAACACGGAAAGAACAUUCUCUACCCCAAGACGACGACGACGACGACGACGACGACGCCGCGCCUUAUAUAAACCAUCGCCACUCCUGGCCAUUCCCUUCUUUCUCCCCAGAUCCAAUCCUUCCAGAGAUCUGAAAAUAGUCUCCAGAAACUUCUGAGCUCUUCCGAGUUCCGUCCGGAUGGAGGAGAAGCUGGUACAGCGGCUGGAAGCGGCGGUCGCGCGCCUCGAGGCGGUGUCCGCCGCCCGGGGUGUUCCCGCCGCGGCGGGGGACGACGGCGGGGACGCGCUGGCCGCGACGGAUCCGGCGAUCCUGGCCUUCGACGAUCUGAUGGCGCAGUACGUGGCUAGGGUUUCGAGCGCGGCGGAGAAGAUCGGGGGGCGGGUGCUGGACGUCACCAAGGUCGUUGGGGAAGCGUUCAGCGCCCAGAAGGAGCUUCUCAUCCAAAUCAAGCAGACGCAGAAACCUGACCUUGCAGGUUUGGGCGAGUUUCUUAAGCCACUAAAUGAAGUAAUCAUGAAAGCAAAUGCAUUGACUGAGGGAAGGCGAUCUGAUUUCUUUAAUCACUUGAAAGCUGCUGCUGACAGUCUCGCCGCAUUAGCAUGGAUUGCAUACACAGGCAAAGAUUGUGGUAUGAGCAUGCCAAUUGCCCAUGUGGAGGAAAGUUGGCAAAUGGCAGAGUUCUACAACAACAAGGUACUGGUGGAGUACAGGAACAAGGACCCAGAUCAUGUGGAAUGGGCAAAAGCUCUGAAAGAACUCUAUUUGCCAGGUUUAAGGGAAUAUGUGAAAGCUUUUUACCCAUUGGGUCCAGUGUGGAGUCCUAAUGGAAAAGUAGCCACUCCUGCUGUGUCAAAAGCUCCAGCAAAAAGUGCGCCUGCACCUGCCCCUCCUCCUCCCCCACCAGCAUCGCUCUUCAGUUCUGACUCUCCACAAGCUUCAUCAUCUCGCCCGAAGCAGGGAAUGGCUGCUGUUUUCCAGGAAAUUAAUUCGGGGAAGCCUGUAACUUCUGGGCUAAGAAAGGUCACGGCUGAUAUGAAGACAAAGAACCGUACUGAUAGAACUGGAGUUGUUGGUGCUGGUGAAAAAGAAUGUCGUACUGCUUCACCAUCUUUUUCAAAAGCUGGACCUCCUAAAUUAGAGCUACUAAUGGGUCGGAAAUGGGCUGUUGAAAAUCAAAUUGGAAAGAAAAACUUGGUUAUUGAUGACUGUGAUUCAAAACAGACUGUCUAUGUGUUUGGAUGCAAAGAUUCUGUCUUGCAGAUUCAAGGGAAAGUUAACAACAUAACUGUUGACAAGUGCACUAAAAUGGGAAUUGUUUUUACGGAUGUCGUUGCUGCUUGUGAGAUUGUGAACUGCAAUGGUGUUGAAGUGCAAUGUCAGGGAUCAGCUCCAACAAUAUCUGUGGAUAACACUGCUGGCUGCCAGUUGUACUUGAGCAAAGAUUCCUUGGGUGCAUCCAUAACAACAGCUAAGUCGAGCGAGAUCAAUGUUUUAGUACCUGGUGCUGAGCCUGACAGUGACUGGGCGGAGCAUUCUUUGCCGCAGCAGUACAUACAUGCAUAUAAAGAUGGGCAGUUUGUGACUACUCCAGUCUCUCACUCUGGCGGGUAAAUGAGAUUUCUUCAGCUGUCCUGUGCCUACCAUGAUUCUUCCAUUCUUUUAGCGGUUGAUGGUGGUUUUAUAUUUUUCUUAUGCCUGAUUCAUUUGUCAUUAGAACUCGACUACAUGGUUGUAUGCUAUUCUGCUUUGCUUGGUUCAUUGAGUUUUUCAAUGUCAAUGUAUACGGUUUUGUAGCUCUGUUCUACAUGGGUUUGGUUGUUGUGAGCCCUUUUGUCUAUCUCCUCAUGUUGUACAAGAAUGUACACUUUGUAAUGUGUUCUUAUGAUGAAGUUCUGCUAAUUUCAAUCUGUAGACAUUGCGAUUGUGUCAACAUGAGGGCAUGUAGUUCGUGUA